GGUGGUAAGGUGUCGGCGGGUGGGGGUUGAUGGUUUGUAUGUUUUGUUUUGUGUAGAGAUGAAAUGUGGUUGUUUAGCCGGUUUUUUAUCAAAGGUUAAAAAUAAGAGCAAUGACAACACCAUUUAUAAGGUUUGGAAGAAAUAAUUGUAGAUUUGACGUUAAAAACAAAAGAACAAUAUGUCAAGUGGUGACCCAAAACCAUCGCUUGAAUGGAUAGAAAUAGGGUCCAAGAGGUUUAAAGUUCAACGCCAGUAUCGAAGUUGCACAGUAAGUUCACACAUUACAUCACGUCAACCAAUGCAGAGGCAGUCAAAGAGGAAGAUAGUGAUAAUCAUGGUGAAGGACAUGGAAAGGAUGAAGAGCUUUCAUGUCUCAAUCUCCAGAGAUGAUGGUCCCAGUCAGCCUACAAGAAUCCACAAGACAUGCCAGGGCCCUUGGACUGCUACCGUCGACCGCUUUUUCAUGUGCGAAGAACCUAAUCAGCCGCUCUCGUGGAGAUGGUUUUUGCGUGGCACUCACUUCAAUCCGCAAAAACCUGGAGAACUUCAACUACUGACUGGUAACAUGACGAUCGCAAAUGUUUCUCUUGACGAUAGCGCAUGGAUGAGAAUUGUGUUGGCUGUUUGGUCAAAUAACCAAUGGAAGGAUAACUCUUUUGUCUUACAAUUUAAAGACAAGGGAUGUACGACUAUUAAAGAAAAUAUACCUGGAUUUUACGAGCUGUUUUUUAAGAAGACAGAAACUAAAGGCGUGUGUAUAAUCAAACCUGGAGUUUACGUGGUCAAAAACGCUCCGGUAAAUUGGACCUAUCCAAAAUUUCCAAUCAUGCUGUAUGGAAUCUAUAGGCAAAAGAUUUUAGCUGGCAAGAAAGACAAACACCACCAGUGUUUAGUAGCAGAUGUAAAAGUAAUGCCUAAACUUGCCUAGAACACUUCACAAUGUUAGAAAUAAAGUUGUGAAUUAGUGGCAAAUUUCUCGGUAAUCUUUGUAAGGAAUGAUGUUGUUGUACAACGAUCUUUCUUGUCCAACAAUCUUUUACUGUAAAAGUACAACAUUUUUUGUUUGGGAAACAAACCAAUGUUAUCAUGUCGCACACCAAUUGUUAUUCGACAGAAUUUUUUUAUGUAGGAACGAAUUUUCUUGCCAUAUUGACGAGAAAUUUUCCACCUUAUUAAAACAAAAUAGUUGUUUUUCAACAAAUGUGUCGCCCCUUUUCCCUUUGUUACCGCCGCUUCUGACUUAAAGUGCCAUCUUAAAUGGCGGGGCAGCCUAGUAGGGCGAGUAGGGAGUACGGAGUGCAUAAGGGAUCGCCCAGAAAGUACGUCCGUUAUAACUGGACUGCGAGGUGCAGCCUACGCAAGCUUUCAUAGUGCCUGGUGGGUAGGCAAUAUCUUGCUUGGCGUGCAUGUGUGUAUUGCGGAGUGGCCUACCCCGAGUCUCACAGGCGCCAAGCUCAUAUAGUUUGCCGAAUAAAUCUGAGAAAAACGGACGUACUUCGUGGACGAUACUGUUGAAGCGCCACGCACUCUCCUGUUGCGCCAAUCAUGCCUUAUCUAAGGGCGUACUUUAAAUAUUAUAUUCAAUAUGAUGCACCCUCAAGUGCGAUGGCACCAGCGAGCCGUCCUUGUGGAGUUGAGGCCUUAUGCAUGCUGUGAAAAAGUCUUGUGUCGGGUUGUGAAUAGUCCAAGCUAAAUCCGUUAAAAUAAAGCAGACUACCGGAAAGUAUGUUUGUUGUGUCCGAUGAAAGGAAUUGAAAAUGGUCCCGUUCAGAGUAACGAAUCGUGAAACCAGAUGAUACGAAGUCAAGAAUUCUAGUCCGCACUUCACUUUCCUAGAACAAAUUAAAGGAUGCGAAACUGAAAUAUUUUGCUAUUCCGUCUAAAUUAAGUUGUUUAGAAUUGUUCCCUUCUGUAGUGCCGACACGGGACGGGAGGUGGGGGAUCGUGCAACAGUUACUCGAUACUGCAACCUCACGCGAGGCGAAAGUCAAAACGAACCCUGCUCCGAUCCUGUACUUGCACGCCAGGCACCAGCAGCACUAGUGCUGGCUGCGCACUACCACAGUGCAUGGGCCAUAGCAAAGGUUCGAGCUAAUACCAAGAGUUAGGAGCGGGCCGAGGACAAAGACCUCCAGUCCACUACCAUGGACCUCCGGUGGUCCAGGCUACCGUUCGUUUUGGCGCUUCUCGCCAGCCAAGCAGGAGUCCUCGGCAAGUCCUUCCACUCUUUCGCGGGCCCUUGGAUUGCCUUCGCCGAACGCUUUUACAUGUGUGAGGAACCUGACCGGCCGCUUCCGUGGAGAUGGUUCCUGCGUGCCAGUCACUUCAAUCCACAAAAACCAACAGAACUACAACUACUGACUGGGAAUAUGACGGGUGUGAAUCUACCCAUUGAUGAUAGCGUAUGGCUAAAAAUAAUGAUGGCCGUUUGGUCAAAUAACCAAUUGAAGGAAAACUCCUUUGUCGGGCAUGUUAAAGACAAGGCAUGCACGACUCUUAGAGAAAAUAUACCUGGAUUUUACGAGCAGUUUUUUAAGAAGACAGAAACUAAAGGCGUGUGUCUAAUCAAACCUACAACUUACGAGGUCAGAGACGCUCCGGUAAACUGGAAUUAUCCAAAAGUUCCAAUCAUGCCUUAUGGAUCCUAUAGGCAAACAAUUACUUUUGGCAAGAAGGACAUACUCUACACACACAUGCUUAGUAGUAGAGUUGAAGAUAAUACCUAGAUAGCACUGCUGUGGCCAAUGUAAUUCUAUUGCCACUCUCACUACACUGUAAGGCCGAAAGGUAGAAAUGUUGUCGGCCUCGGAGUUUGGGCAGUUUGGCGCUCUGUAUCCAGUUUUUUUUUUUUUUUUUUUUUUUUUUUGCGGCUUCCUGAUCUGGGCGACGAAAGUAUUUUGCAGUAUGGAGACAUUUUUAGCGACGGCGGCGGGCACUGCGCGCACGGACAGUCCCUGAAUGCUUGAAUGCUCCAACGUAACGUCUAGAUUGAGUUUCCAACGUGGUUCAGAGAAAACCAGGCCAACACUUACCUACACGCGAGGCCAUAACGAAUGGGUUCUAUCCCCCUACGCUGUUAACGAGUUAGCGUGCAACUUCCACAACCGGCGGCGGGGAACGCCAACUCGAUUGCCCGCAGAUCAGGUAAAUUUGUU